GUAGAAGCGGUAGUAAUUGCAUGCCAACCAUUUGGCUAUACAUUGCUAUACGUUGCCGAACGUUGCGGGCCUUGUACAGUCGCAAGGACCUGCUGUCCCUGUUGUGAGCCCUUGCAUACUAGCUAUUGAGGAAUACAGACGUAUGGUGGACAUUGUAACAAGCAUACUUUUCAUGCGGUUAUAACGGUCGCCUCCGUGGCCUUAGCUUGGAAAUAUUCUGAACCCUAUAAAGCGAGGCUACGGAUAUUUGACUCCUGGAUGUAAAGGAAGACAAACCCUGGACAGUUUCUAUGAGCUGGACACUCUAGCAGCCUUCGCUGCCAUGGCAAUCCUACGGCCCAGUAACACAGCGCGCAAGACCCCGCGCAUCCUCGGGUGACAGCGGCCUCUUACAACGCAUGCUGCUCCGUCUGUGGCUGGGCCAGGGGCUGGGCUUCCACGUCUUAGCUAAAAUCGCUAAUGGGGGCGCUCGAUGACGCAAAGGAGGCUCUCCGUUACCCCCUCUUCCGCAGCGCCAGCGCUCACACCCAUGGAGCAGCAACCCCCUCCAGACAUGCAGCCACCGCAAAGAGCCCUGCUGCUAGCAGCGGCUUGGCCCAAGCCUCUCCUCCGGAAGGCUCCUGCGGCGUCCCGCUGGUCGCCUGGCCCGAGGAAGGCGCAGACGCGCCAUCGCCACGUAUCCUACAGCCCCGCCGGCGCGGCAACUCAGUCCACGUCGCAUCAUCCGGCAAUACUGCAGCUGCAGCUGUGGCUGCGGUUCCUGCAGGACUUGGUGGUGGUGGCGGUGCAGCGGCUCCGAGGGCAGGAUGGGACGCCUUGCGAAGCGGAAGCGACGGGGUUCUGCCCCGCAGCAGCUCCGCUAGGAUGCUGCCUAGCAGUCGCUUCGGUCAGGAGCCGGUCGUUGCAGCGUCCGCAGCCGCCACGGCCUCGGGUCGCGGCCUGGGAGGCUUGUCCGCUACGCCGCUGAAGCAAACUGGUAGCACCGGCAACCCGGGAGGCAGCAGACGCAGUGCUGAGGCAGCGGGACCAGGAGCAACAGCUUCAGGAGCAGCGGCGGGUGCAGGGGAUCCCGCAUCCUCUUGGAAGCUGACGUCCGUCUUCUCGCAGCAGCUGCGUACCGGCCCUUCACGGCGUCACCUGCACGUCACCGCACCGCUAUCUGGUGGCAUUGGAGACAGCGAGGAGCCCCCACAGAGCCGUGGCAGCGGCGAUGCUGGCAGGAGCACCCUUGGCAGCAGUAGCCCUGCAGCAGAGCCCGCAGCAGCAGUGCAGCUGGGGCGGUUGGGGGCGACACGGGGUGCCACGCCUCCCGAAUCGCCCAGCAGCCAGCGGCUCGCUGGUGGCAUGGCGGCUCGUGUGUCAGGGCUGUCAUCACGCACGCUCAUGCGGCCUGGUGCGGUAGCUGCCCCUGCCCCCGCUGCUGCUGCCGAUAGUCGCCCCGGAACCGCGUCUAGUUCAGGUUGCUCGCCGUUGGGGACGGGAUGUGGGUCGGGACCGGGCGCGGGGACAGGGAACUCGCGGCUUGCGUCACCAGCCGCCUCUAGCUUAGGGUCGGGGUUGGGGUUAGGGUCGGGUGCAGCGCCGCGGUAUGGGCGGCGGUCUGAGUUGGAUAGCAGAGGUUCGGCCGGCGGGCUGCUGGAUGGUGACCGUAGCAGCGUCGUCGUCGGCGGUGGUGGUGGUGGUGGGCUCACCAGCGGGGACGCGGACAUGGGUUCACGCAGGCGACGUCGUGAGGUGCAGCUGCCGCCAUCCAGCUCCGGAGGUGCCGUCCUGGAUGCGUUGCAGCUGCUGCCGCGUACAUCGUCGGGAGCAGGUGCGGGUGCGGGUGCUGGCACCUCGGCCGGUGCACAGCAGGAUGCGCAACAAAGUACGGCAGGAGUGGCGGCUGGCCGCUGCCCGCACCAGCCGCAUGAGCAACCGCCGCCGCAGCGGCUACUGCGUUCGCGUUCUUCGCGGCUGCAGUCGUUGAGGCUGGUUUCGGAGCCGUCUGGAGGCUUAGGCGGCGGGGGCGGCGCUGCAGGCAUCGGUGGUGGCGGGGCGGCCGGAAUCGCGGGCGCGGGCAUGGACAGCGAUGCCUCCACGGAUGUAGAGCAAUCUGCAGGGUCGAACAUAGCCGGACGGGGGAGCAUGUCCAUGCUGCCAACGACUGUUGAGCCACGCCAACCGCAGCCGCAGCAGCAGCAGCCAAGGGUUCCGCGUCAUCCGCCAGUCGUCCGCGUGAGCAUCGGCUUGCUGCCAUCGACGCUGCAGUCGCCGGGCGCGUCGCCAGCGACUGCCGCCGCCGCCGCAGCAGCAACAGCAGCCUGCGCGUCGCCUCGUGCCAGCGGCAUCAUACCCCGCGACGGCGGCCUCUCUCCAACAGCAUCGGGCUCAGCUGCUGCAGUCAGUCCGACGGCUGCCGCGGCGGCGUACGAUAAGCGCGUCCUAUCGCCCCGUAGCCCCUCAGCUUCGCCCAUGUCGGCCCUAACCGCGGCAGCAGGACCUGCAGCAACAGCGGCUUCGGCCAGUACCAUAACGGCUUCAGCCAUACACCAUAACGCAGCCGCAUCCUCGCCAUCUGGGUCGCAAAGCAGCAACGACAACCCACCGCAACCACCAACCACAUCUCCAGCACCUUCACCGCCGCCGCCGACACCCUCCCUUCCCGGCCUGCCAUCAUUCCUAGGCGCGCCGGUCGUCCUAGAACCGCAUCCACCGCACGUGCAUGCGCAUGCCGGCGGGCCCGGUACCCCAGGCCCAGGCCUCGGCCCCAGCCUCAGUCGCUCUACUUCGAAUGCCGAUCGCUCCCACUCUAAUACCUCCCUCGGCGGCCUGCAAGCCGUGCCGCCCUCUCAGCCGACCUCGCAGCCCCAGGCGCAGCCCUCAGAUAACUCCUUUGGCGGCGGCGGCGGCUCCAGUCGGACCCGCCUGCUGCGUGUGAGCAGCAGCAACUCCCGGCGCUCCUGCAGCAGUCAUAGCAGCUUUCGGAGAAACGGCUCGUACUUUUGGGUGCGUGAGGCGGUGCCUGAGGCGGUGCUGGAGAACAUCCCCGGUCUGCAAGCCCAUCGCGGUCUGCCGCAGCAGCCUCCGCACCCCGGUGCCGUACCAGAGGACGGGCCGCCGCCGCCACCGCCGCCGUUGCUGCAGUCCCUGACGGGGGCCGCCGCCGCCGCCGCGGCGACGACGACGCCAGCGGCUUCGGGGCUGCCAUCCUCUGCAUCCAUGCGUCGUCGGGGCAUGGAGUUGGCUGUGGCGGGGCUGCCGCCGGCCGCCGUCGGAGGCUCCUCCUUCAGCCAGAUGGGCCUCGUGAGCUCGUCUGGGUACUCGCAAACGGGGUCAAUGAGCGGCAACACCAGCUGGCUCCGUCGCUCGGAAGCCAUGCCGCCUGUGGAUCUGCUGCCCAUCGCGCCCGCGCCGCCGCCGCUGGCUUUGGACCACUUGCACUCUGCGGCGGCGCAACAGGCUGCUGCCUCGCUUCGCGGCAGCAACUUCUCCCGCGAGGGCGGUGACGGCGGCGACGACGGAGCAGCAGUUGAUGGCUGGCGGCGCGGGGGCGACUUGCAGGUGGGAGGCGGGACGCAUGUCGUACAGGAGGGGCCUGUGAUUGAGGAGUUGCCGUCGUCAGCAUCCCUGGCGGAGGUGCCGUCGGCGGCUGUCAUGGCGGCGGCCGCGGUGGCGUCGACGUUGAGCCCUGGCGAAGAGGGGCUGCCGCCGUCGACGUCGCAUGACGGCAGCUUCGCGGUUACGGAUUCUAAAGUACGAAACGCGACGUCAGGUGGCCCCACAACGUCGUCAUUCUUCGACGAUGGCGGCGGCAACGGCACCCCUGAGUCGGCGUCGCCCCUCAAGUCAAAGCUGCCAAGCUGGCCGGCGCCCGCCCCGCCUCUGGCACAACCGCGCCAGACCCCUCGCAACCAAUCGAAAAUGCGCCUGCUCAACUUCACAUCCGGCUUUGGCUUCGGCGGCGGCGGAACCGUCGCCGCCAGUGACAGCUCUACUACCAGUACCGCAGUUGGGGCAGCUGCUGCCGGCGGCAGCAACAGCGAGCAGGUUGACAUGUUCGCGCUCCUCGGCUCCAACCGCAUGCCCAGCAGCGUCCUGACCGCCACCGCAUACCCCCACAACAACUUGCGCGUGCGCAGCAGUAGUGGCUCCACACCUGUAGACCUGGCGGUACACGGCGUCCGCGAUCCCAACUACGACAGCGUGCAGUGCGCGACCAUCCCCGAGCACGCACCCUCGCCGGCGCUGCCGUCAAACAGCUUCCUGCUGGGCAACAGCCGCAUGGGCAGCACCGUCUUCUCUCCGCCUGGGGGCAAGCCGGGGGGCACCCUGAAGAAGGCAUCCUCCUUGCGUCCGCAGCGUGCGGUCGGGGCGACUCGCGCAGCCAUGCCCGAUCUACUUGCUCUCAGCCGCCGCGUCGGCUCGAACACAGUGGUAGGACCCGACGGACGCACGGUACACAUCACGGUCCAUGGCUCGUCCGCAAGCGACGGUCAGCUGCAGCUUGAGCUGCCGCCGCCGGAGGAGCUCGUGGCGGCCGUGAAUGGGCAUCUGCCAUCAUCGGCGAACCCGCCGCUCGAAUCCGCGACGAGCACUGGCAGCGGCGGCGCCGGCGGUAGCCGUUUAAGCAUUGCUGGCGGCGGCAGUCGACGGACCAUGGGCAGUCGCGCGUCGCCGUCGUCGCGGGGCCGGCCGUCGCCCGGUGCCAUACAUUCGCUGACCGCGUUGCGGUUUGAGGGGCUUAUGGCGCCGUCGAGUGACGGCUCGGAGGACCGCGCGUCAUCCGACGUCGCGCGGCGGGUCCGGUCCUUCAAGACGCUGGCGGCGACGUCCGGAACGGCGCCUCGGAACAGCAGCGGCGGUGGCGGGAGUAGCACUGGCGGCGGCGGUGUAAGCCACCACAGCGGCGUGCCGUCGCUGAUACGGCACCUGUCCGCUCCUGCCAGACGGCUGCAGCAUAGCUCGAGCAGCGGCCUGACGACAGGAGGAGGCCACCCAGCCGCGAUCCGCGGCGGCGUCGGCGGCGUCCAAGGCCACCCAGGCCACAAGUCCCUCAUCUCCGCCGGAAUUAACUUCCUGAAGCGCGCCUUCAGCCUUCGGGCGCAUGGCCGAGAGGUGGCGUCAUGGCACCCGGAAGAGGCGCCGAGGACUCGUAGCCUGGGCGGCGCCAGCGGUCAACCGCUCUGGCCGGGGAAUGAGCUGACGCCCUCGCGGCAGGGCACCGGCUCAGGUUCGGGGGAACUGGUUGGGAAUGCGAGCUUGUACUAUAACCCUGAGGGUGGAGCAGCUGUCGCCGCCGCCGGCGGCAGCAGUGCCAGCGUCCUGGGACCCGCGGCGCGACGGCUGAUGGCGUCCCAGAAGAGUUUCGUGAAGCAUUCGGCGGUGCUGGGUUGGGUGCAACAGCUGGGUCGAGAGGAGGAUGGUGCAUCUACGGCGCCGACGGCAACGCUGGAUUCAGAUGCCGAGGGUGACGCCAUGUCGGCGGCGGCGGUCGCCGCCGCCGCCACCGCUGCCGCCAACUCCGCUGCUCGGCUGCAUAGCCUGCAGUCACUUAUGGCGGCGGGAGGCACCUCGCUCACAUGCGACGCGGUAGUGGCGUUUAACGACGCUGACGGGGCCGUCGACGGCGGCACCGUCGCCCGGCGGCGCCGCGCCGCUGGCGGGCCGUCCCGCCGCCGCGGUGGCGCCCACGGGACUCCCUCUGACGACGCCACAUCCGGUGACGUCGCCGGAACAGGCACUGGUACCGGCAGUGGCAGCGGUGUGGAUGCCAGUACCUCCGCUCCCGCCGUCAGAACAGGAUCCGGUGGCGGCGGCGGCAUUACUGGCGGCAACAGCAGCAGUGGCACCGGCGCUGGCGGCGGCGGCGGCGGCGGCUGGAUGACGUCUGAGCCGUCAGCGGCAGGCGAGAGCGCCGUCACAGUGGUAAGGCCCUCGCUGCUUGCUGCCGCUGGCGGAGGCGGAGGCGACGACGGUCCCGCCAGUACGACAAGUCUGUCAAUGGUGUCGACACGACCCAGUGUGGCGAGUCGGCCGACGGGGACGCCGCCCACGACGCCGGCGGUGGCGACGCCGCCGUCGCCGUCGGCCGAAUCGCUGCCUGGUCCAAAGCUUUUGGCGCGGCUGGGGUCAAACCUGUUGGGCCGUUCCGGACGUCGCAGCGGCCUUGUGGUUCCUGUGUCGGGGCCAUACGACGGCGGCGGCGGCGGCCUCGACGGAGGCGACUUGUCGUACAGUCUGCCGUCGGGUAGCCUUGGGGACGUGCGCAUGAACUCGAGCGGCGUGGUUCGGUUGUAGCCCUUGUAGGCCAUGUGUGUGGGUGAGUGUGAAGAACACUGGCCGCGAGUGGGGAAGUACUGAUUGUCGGAAAAAUGUGUGUGCGCAGGAAUGCUGCUUGAGUAAUGUGGAGUGCUUGUUGCACCGCUCGCAGUAUGGGUGCUGAGCGGAUGUAGCGAAGGGGUGGUGCCAAAGGCGUGAGAGAGAGGACACGUCAUGGUUGUGUUAUAGGCGGGAGGUGGUUGGCCGUACUACAGGGAUUGUAGUACCGGUACUGUUUUGUAGUUAUGUCCUUGUGUACUUGAGUGCUGGCUGUACGAGAGCCGCAGCACAGCUGCCGGUUGCGGCAAAUUGGGGACAAAUGGUCGAGGUACGGUAAGGAUUUGAAAAGAUUGUUUCAGACGAGGCAGGACGUGUACAUGUGGAAGCAUGCGACUGCUGCUGUUACCGAUUACGUUUUCCGUUGCUACUGCUGGUGCUGCUGACUACUGCUUCAGUUGCGGGUGCUACUGCUGCUAGCUGCUGCUGUGUUUUCCUUGCCGCCGAGAUGCGGUUGUGGGCUGUCUCAAAAAAGGUGACGCAAACAAGAAAGUAUGCGAAUGGUGGCCGCAUAGCAUGUCGCAUGACAGCAUAUGUGUUGGUACAUUGGCAAAGGGGAUGGAGUUGUCGACACAUGGAGUUGAUUGGCGCAAGUUGUACGACAGGCGAUUGUACUGCGACACUGUACGUUUGUCGUACUGUGCCCAUGUGUAGGCCCUCAGUACUUUAUUGUAAUACGUGUUGAAGCAGUCUGUUGCGGAGACGUUUCUUGUGGUGUGUUGCGAACCUUGCGAUGCAGCGAAGUGUUGUCUCCUACCUAUAAAACGCACUGUGCAAUUACAUGCACACCGAAUGGCAAGGCCACUGCCGCGCGCUUCGCUGCUCCUCGCCCGAGAAAGUAAUUAUGUCCGGUGGUCAAUCUGGUCAUCGUAUGGAUGAGCGAAGCGGCUAUGUGGUGUUGUAUGUGAGUCUUUUUUACCCAUGAGGCAUUCCAAGUUGACAAGUUGUGGAUUGGUGAGGCUCGGGCUGUCGUGCAGGGUUGCGCAUGCCGGCAGUGCUUGGUUAAGAGGACGCAAGACGCAUGGACUGGUUUUGGCUGUGCUGCAUGGCAGCCGUGGAGUACUACAUGCGGGAGGCAGCAGGCCAGCUGCCUCUCUGUGCUGCGGGUAUGUGCCAUUCUCUUUCCCGUAUGCCACUCACUUGAAGCAAGGCACAAGUGGCGCAUGGUUACGUACGUAUGCCCUACUAUAACGGAUAAUAGUGUGCCCUAUAUGUUACUACUACAAACUACAUACAAGUAGGGUUCUGUGUCUCAAUUUUGCUGCAGGUGUGCUCUAUGAAGCCGCCUGCGGGCGUGUGUUAAGGAAGGUGUCCGCGGGCGUGGGUGCGUACGAACUGCUUCAUGUACAAAACUACGUAUUGAGAGAGACGUGGUGGGCUCAGGGCCAUGUGAUUGCAGUACGGUUCGUGCCGUACAUGAUACGCUGCCGUGAGUUGUUGACUAUGUGGGCUGGAUAGAGGGUUGUACCUUGGUUGUACACCCAGGCUGGAUAAGCCUUGUUGAGAGGAGG